UAAAGCAUGAACUUCCUCUCACCUUAAAGCCACGCCUACGCCCUCUCUGUCACACUAUAACACACACACAACCAGAAAGUUAAUUUCAGAGAAAACAAAACUCAGUAAGAACUCAGAGUCUCUGUCUGUCAGCGUGUGAGUACAAGAAGAUGGCAAAGGCUGGCAUUUCAGUAGAUCAGGAUCAGUUCAUCUGUCCAGUGUGUCUGGAUCUGCUGAAGGAUCCAGUGACUACUCCCUGUGGUCACAAUUACUGUAAGGUGUGUAUUAAUGGCUGCUGGGAUCAGGAGGAUCUGAAGGGCGUCUACGGCUGCCCCCAGUGUAGAGAGACUUUCACUCCAAGGCCUGUUCUACGCAGGAACAACAUGCUGGUUGAAGUGUUGGAGAAACUGAAGAAGACUGAACUCCAUGCUGCUUCUCCUGCUCACUGUUACUCUGGACCUGGAGAUGUGGAGUGUGAUUCCUGCACCGGGAGAAAACACAAAGCCGUCAAGUCCUGUCUGGUGUGUCUGGCCUCCUAUUGUGAAGAUCAUCUUAAACCUCACUUUCAGUCUCCUGCCUUUAAGAAGCACAAGUUAGUUGAAGCCUGUGCAGAGCUCCAGGAGAAGAUCUGCUCUCAACAUGACAAACUGCUCGAGAUCUACUGUCAUACUGACCAAAGCUUCAUCUGUUACUUGUGUACGAUGGAUCAGCACCAAGGCCAUGAUACGGUUGCAGCUAAAGCAGAAAGAACUAAAAAACAGAAUGAGGUAAAGAAGGAGCAGAUGAAAUCCCAGCAGAGGAUCCAGGAGAAGCAGGAGAAGGUUCAGGAGCUGAAACAGACUGUGGGCACUAUUAAGAGGCGUUCACAGGCAGCAGUAGAUGAGAGUGAGAGGAUCUUUACUGAGCUGAUCAGCUCCAUGGAGAAAAGGCGCUCGGAGGUGAAGGAGUUGAUCAGAGCUCAGGAGAAAGCUGAACUGAGUCGCGCUGAACGACUCCUGAAGCAACUGGAGCAGGAGAUUGCUGAUCUUAAGAGGAGAGUCACUGAGCUGGAGCAGCUUUCACACACACACGAUCACAUCCACUUCCUCAAGAGUUUCCCGUCUCUCUGUGUUUCUCCUGGAUCUGAGGACUCACCCAGCUUCACUGUCAAUCAACAUCUCUCAUUUGAUGGAGUGAGGAAAUCUCUCUCAGAUCUGAAAAAACAGGUCGAGGAAAUCUGUGAGGAGGAAUUCACCAAAAUCCGUCCACAAGCUGCAGCAGUUCAGAUGAUUUUACUCUCAGAACCAGAGAGCAGAGAAGAUUUCCUGCAAUAUUUCUGUUAUCUGACUCUGGAUCCCAACACAGUACAUCAUCAACUCAUUCUGUCUGAGAAGAACAGAGUGGUGAAGCGCAGCUGGACAGAUCAGCAAUACUCUGAUCAACCGGAGAGAUUUGACACCUGGUCUCAGGUGUUGUGUAAGGAGAGUGUGUGUGGACGCUGUUACUGGGAGGUGGAGUGGAGCGGUUUUGGUGGUGUGUACAUAUCAGUCUCAUAUAAAGAGAUUAGCAGGAAAGGGCUGGGUGAUGAGUGUUUGUUUGGAUACAACAGUCAGUCCUGGAGUCUGGAGUGUUCUUCUUCCUCUGUCAUUUUCCGCCACAACAACGUUGAGACUGAGCUCCGAGGUCCAGUAUCCUCCAGAAUAGGAGUGUAUGUGGAUCACAGUGCAGGAACUCUGUUCUUCUACAGCGUCUCUGACACGAUGAGGCUCCUCCACAGAGUCCACACCACAUUCACUCAGCCUCUAUACGCUGGGUUCUGGCUAGAUUAUGACUUGACUGUGAGAUUAUGUGAUUCGAAAACGUUCCGGAACACCUGGACGCUCAUUUUAGAGAAAGCGAAAGUGGAAAACUCAGUCUCUUCCGCAGUGUCCGAGUGCAGGAAAAUGGCCAAUAUUUCAGUAAAUCUCUUCACCUGUCCGGUGUGUCUGGAUCUCCUGGAGGAUCCUGUAACUAUUCCCUGUGGCCGCAGUUUCUGUAAGGUGUGUAUUAAUGGCUGCUGGAAUCAGGAGGACGUGAAGGGCGUCUACAGCUGUCCCCAGUGUACAGAGACUUUCUCUUCACGGCCUGUUCUGCGCAGGAACAGCAUGCUCGCUGAGAAGUUGAAGCUCCUGAAGGAAGCUGCACCCCAAGCUGUUUCUCCUGCUCACCGUUACGCUGGACCUGGAGAUGUGGAGUGUGAUUCCUGCAUUGGGAGAAAACGCAAAGCCGUUAAUACCUGUAUGGAGUGUCUUGCUUCCUAUUGUGAAGAUCAUCUUAAACCUCACUAUCAGGUUCCUGCAUUUAAGAAGCACAAGUUAGCUGAACCCUGUGCAGAGCUCCAGGAGAAGAUCUGCUCUCAGCACGCCAAACUGAUUGAGGUCUACUGUCGUACUGACCAAAGCCUCAUCUGUUGCUCGUGCAUGAUGGAUGAACACAAAGGUCAUGAUAUGGUUCAAGCUGAAACAGAAAUAACUAAAAAACAGAAUGAGCUACAGGAGGAGCAGAGGAAAACCGAGAAGAGGAUUCAGGAGAAGCAGGAGAAGGUGCAGGAGCUGAAACAGACUGUGGGCACUAUUAAAAUGCGUUCACAGGCAGCAGUAGAUGAGAGUGAGAAGAUCUUUACUGAGCUGAUCAGCUCCUUGGAGAAAAAGCGCUCGGAGGUGAAGGAGUUGAUCAGAGCUCAGGAGAAAGCUGAACUGAGUCGCGCUGAACGACUCCUGAAGCAACUGGAGCAGGAGAUUGCUGAUAUUACGAGGAGAGUCACUGAGCUGGAGCAGAUUUCACACACACACGAUCACAUCCACUUCCUCAAGCGUUUCUUGUCUCUCUGUGUUUCUCCUGGAUCUGAGAACUCACCCAGCUUCACUGUCAAUCAACAUCUCUCAUUUGAUGGAGUGAAGAAAUCUCUCUCAGAUCUGAAAAAACAACUUGAGGAAAUAUGUGAGGAGGAAUUCACCAAAAUCCGUCCACAAGUUUCAGCAGUUCAGGUGAUUUUACCCUCACAACCAAAGCGUGGAGAAGAUUUUCUGCAUUAUUUCUGUAAUCUGACUCUGGAUCCCAACACCGUACAUCCGUACCUCAUUCUGUCUGAGGAGAACAGAGCGGUGACACACAGUAACACAAAUCAGCAAUACUUCGAUGAUCCAGAGAGAUUUGAAUGCUGGUUUCAGGUGUUGUGUAAGGAGAGUGUGAGUGAACGCUGUUACUGGGAGGUGGAGUGGAGCGGUCGUGUGUCCAUAUCAGUCUCAUAUAAAGAGAUCAGCAGGAAAGGACGGGCUGAUGAGUGUGGAUUUGGAUGCAACAGUCAGUCCUGGAGUCUGGAGUGUUCUUCUUCCUCUGUCUCUUUCCGGCACAACAACAUUGAGACUAAGCUCCGAGGUCCAGCGUCCUCCAGAAUAGGAGUGUAUGUGGAUCACAGUGCAGGAACUCUGUCCUUCUAUAGCAUCUCUGACACGAUGAGGCUCCUCCACAGAGUCCAAACCACAUUCACUCAGCCUCUAUACGCUGGGUUCCUGAUAGAUUGUAAGUCAACUGUGAGGUUCUGUGAUUCAAAAUUUUGUAAAAGUGUUUAGAAAAUUAUAACUGAGGGGUCAGAUUCUUCUUCGUCGUCUUCUUCUUCUUCUGCUCUUGAGUCUGUGACGGCCAUAGAACUGUUUUCGGGAAGUUAUGAAAUUUGUCACACAGAUGGAGGACUGUCACCUUUAACCUGAGCAAUUUUCAAGUCUAUCUCAAUUUAUUUUUUCCUCUGAUUCCUUGGCUCAAGACCAUUCGAUCGAAACCAUAUGUACCUAAUUUUCCUCCAUUUUGAAUUUUCAGAAAAACCUACUUUUUCAAACUCCUCCAAGGCAGUCUGUCCGAUUUUCACCAAAAUUGAAUCUGAUCAUCUAAAGUUAUCAAAAGUCUUUUGAUAGACCCAACUGUUCUCGCAUAGCGCAUCAACGAGUUUGACAAAGAGCACACCAAAAUGGACGUGAGGGUGUAUCUUCGCAGCAGUUUGGCAUAUUAAGAUGAAACUUGGUAACUGUCAUCACAAGCAUGAUCUGAGGCUAACUGCAUAGUUUUGGCACAGCGCCACCAAGUGGUCAUGAGAUAUGAAAAAUGGAUAAUUUUGCUUAUAACUUCUGAACAGAUUAACCAAAAAUCACGAGAAUUGUCUCAUUAGAUUCGGUACUGCAUACUGAGUUGAACGGUAGCCAAAUUUCCCAUGACAGCCGUUUAAAAUUUUGCAGUAACAUGCUAUAUUUUACGAAUGCAUUGACGUAUCAUUCCAAAACUUGGUAUGUGUCAUCUGAACCAUGCCCUGAAGGUAUUCAAGAUGUUUUGAGACAAAAAAGGAUAAUAACAUUUUAAAAAAUGCUAAUAGCUUUUGAAUAAUUUUGCCUGUUUUAUUAAAAGUGGUCUUGAUAGUUUCUGUGAGUCAUGCCGAGAAGAAUGAUACCAAUUAUGCCAUAGUCAAUCGAAUAUGCUGUCUGCCAUUUUGAAUUUCGUUGAACUCCUCCUACGUAGACCCCUGGCCCGAUUUUCACCAAAUUCGGUUCAGAUCAUCUUCAGACCAUGCCAGCCAAAAGCUUUUUAAUAGACCAAACCAUUCUCAUUUGACACAUCAACAAAAAUGAUGGCAUGAUGCCAAAACUGAACCUGAGGCUUUAUUUUUACAACACUUUGGCCUGUUCACACCAAACUUUGUGUGUGGCAUUGACACCC